AUGGCUAAUGGGGAAGUAGAUGUUCUACGCGAAUUUCUCAAGGCUCGACGAGUAAAAACAACAAAUGUUAUUAGACACGGUGUAGCGGUUGCUGAGAAACAGAAAUCAGUGUCAGAAUUCAAAGUGCCACAGGUAGGAUCAAAGGAAAAUGACAAGAUAUCGGCAUUGCCAGGGCAACCAAGUGGGAUCAAUUUUGCUCAAUAUUCAGGAUAUGUGACUGUUAAUGCUGAUAAUGGUAGAGCUCUCUUCUAUUACUUGGCAGAAUCGUCUGCUGAUCCUACUACAAAGCCUCUUGUUUUGUGGCUAAAUGGAGGUAAAUACACACAUAAAAAUCAAAUUUUCAUACAUACCAUUUUACCCCUCAUGAUAGCUCUCAUAGACAGACCUGGUUGCUCUUCAUUCGGAAAUGGAGGGAUGGUGGAACUUGGACCAUUCCGUGUCAAUAAAGACGGGAAAACCUUGUGGCUCAAUCAAUUUGCCUGGAACAAUGUGGCAAAUAUCCUGUUUUUAGAAUCACCAGCUGGUGUUGGAUUCUCUUACUCUAAUACAUCAUCAGAUUAUACUAGUGGAGAUGAAAAGACUAGACGAGACAGUUUCACCUUUCUCGUCAAUUGGAUGGAAAGAUUCCCAGAAUAUAAAAACCGCGAUUUCUACAUUGUUGGGGAGAGUUAUGCUGGCCACUACGUGCCCCAACUUGCUCAGCUGAUCUUAUCCCACAAGAAAUCAGAACCCAACCUUGUUAUUAACUUGCAAGGAAUAGCUACCGGAAAUGCCCUCCUCGACGAUGAAACUUCAAACAGUGGUUCAUACGACUUUUAUUGGUCACACGCACUAAUAUCAGAUGAAGUUCAUGAAGGAAUUGUCAAGAAUUGCAACUUCUCAACAGAAACGACUACCUCAGAAGCUUGUGACGAGUACACAAGCGAAGCAGAUUCAUGUCAAGCCAAUAUAUAUAGUUAUAACACAUAUUCCCAACUCUGCUACUCUUCUGCCUAUACUUCCCUUCCUAUAGAUGGAUUUGAUCCAUGCUCAGCUGAUUACGUAUUUAAUUACCUAAACACUGCUGAAGUGCAGAAGGCACUCAAUGUCAGAGAUAUACCCCAAUCCUGGGAAUCUUGCAGUGGCAUCUCUUGGGAAGACUCCCCACAUACUGUUCUACCAAUCUUUCAAGAGCUCAUGCAAAGUGGCAUUAGAGUUUGGAUUUAUAGCGGAGACAUAGAUCAUAUUUUGCCUGUAACGACAAGUAGAUAUGGUAUCAACAAAAUCAAAACACCAAUCAAAACUGCAUGGUACCCGUGGUUCUUCCAAGGGGAGGUUGGUGGUUAUGCAGUAGAAUACCAGAACUUGACAUUCGUGACAGUACGUGGAGCAGGACAUUUUGUGCCAAGCUAUCAACCUGGCCGUGCAUUGACCAUGUUUUCAUCCUUCAUCAAUGGGACACUCCCUCCUGGUUUCAAUUAA